UUGUGACAGGACGAGCUACAAAGACAAAAAAGAAACACUCACCUCUGUUGCGAAUUCGGAAUUUUAUUCCUACGGUUGUAAGAAGCUGUGGCAAGUUGUGAUUAGGUAGCAUUUUGUCUUGUACGCAGUACAAGGCGUAACUCUUGUAUUUUUAAGAAGUUUACGUCAACAUGACAGCAUUACCUAGGAGAAUUAUCAAGGAAACUCAACGCUUGAUGCAAGAGCCUGUUCCAGGAAUAAGUGCUGUGCCGGACGACAGUAACGCACGAUACUUUCAUGUAAUUGUCACCGGUCCUGAAGAUUCACCGUUCGAAGGAGGAUUAUUUAAGUUGGAGCUUUUUCUACCGGAGGAUUAUCCUAUGUCUGCGCCAAAGGUUCGAUUUAUUACGAAAAUAUACCACCCUAACAUUGACAGACUUGGCCGCAUUUGCUUGGACAUUCUAAAAGAUAAGUGGAGCCCGGCCCUUCAAAUUAGAACGGUGCUUUUGUCUAUUCAAGCCCUUCUUAGUGCUCCAAAUCCAGAUGACCCGUUGGCUAACGAUGUUGCUGAACUGUGGAAAGUAAAUGAAGCCGAAGCCAUCCGUAACGCGAAAGAGUGGACAAGAAGAUAUGCAAUGGACAAUUGAUAUGCAUCGAUUCUAAGGAAAGGUUAAGAGCGUUGUAUGGGUUUAUUUUUUUUAUGAAAACUAUUUCACUGAAUCUGUAUCACCAUGUUAUAUUUUAAGUAAGGUUUUUUGCCAAGCUAGGUUGUCGCUGGUAGGAGAAAUACACUAAACUUGUCAUACCUUUUGUAAAUGUGAAAUUUCCUAUGAAACCCAUACGUUGCUAAUUAUAAUCAUGAUUUACGCGUGAGAGUAUAGUAUAAGGUAAAACAGAAAGAGCGGUGAUUUCAGAUGUUAUUCCAUGAAUCUGUCCAUUUAUAUUCAUUGUGUACUCUCAUUUUUGUGUUUAUUAUCUUUCGAAAUACUUCACACUUACAGAUCAUGUGCAUUUAGCUACUGUUGCUGUAAAUAUUGGAGAGUACCUUCAGCUUAAGUCUUCUGACAUUUCGCCCUGGCUUCAGUUUGUCACCAGAGACCAAUUUAGUGAAUGCGGCUUGAUGUACUACCAGUGUAAUAAUGUCCAUAUUAAUUGUAAAGUCCACCUUGUUUAUGGCAAAUUUUAUCAGAGCAGACAUUAGUAUGAUAUUGAUAAUUUUGCUGCAUAAAGUAUGUAUUAUUUGUGAUUUCUGUUUUUGUGGUAUUGAUGCAGCCUUUUGUCAUGGACAGCUUUAAAUUAUGUCUGACUUGGUGUAACACCAAGAGUAGUGGUAAGUAAGACACCUUUAUAUAAAAUUUUUGUCAGGCGUUGUGAAUUAAAACAUUAUUUCCUUCGUAACAAGUGCCGGUCAAACUACGAAUGAAUGAAUGUUCCAGUGUGAAUACUUACCUACUUGAUCUCUCUUAUCUGGCUUCUAGGCAGGCAAGGUGCAUACACACAUUAACAGAAACAACUUACAGGAGAUCUUUCAUUUCCAGUUUGUUUUUAAGAAACUGUACUGAUGUAUUUUAUUCGUUGAAAGUAUCUGUGUAAUUGUAUUGUAUGUGACUAGAGAUUUAUGUGGAUUUAUCUGUUUUACCAGCAAUAUGUGCCUGUUUGCCACUGAGCAGUUUCAGUGGUUGAAAAAUUAGCAAUCCUUUGGUUUUAAAGGCUUUGUAGAAUGUCUUGACCUUGUGUUGAUAUAACUUAUUUCUGGAGCUGUUUAAUUACUUAUGUUUAGUCACAGCAAGAAAUUUAAAUUGAUGAAUGUCUUUAGAUUUAAUAAAUAUUAGACUUGUAAAUAUACAUUUUUGUUUUGAAUUUUAUACCACAAUAAAUGCGUGCAAUCCGUUUUCCAUUUUCAGUAACUUUUUUUUUUUUACACUCAACACCAUUAGCAUGUGAGGAGUUAUGCAUUUAACAUGCAGUUGUAACUUUCAUUGGACUGUCAAAGUUAAAUGACAGUCAUGUAAAGAAAUACUUGGUUGGAACUGAAACAGAUUGUAUGUUUUGUUGUCUUAAAUUUGGUAGUAGAAAUUGCCAAAAUCUUCAGAAAAAAGUUAUUCUACAAGCUUAUCAAAUGAUAUUCCUUUACUUUUUGCGAAAUUGCUGUCUUUAAAAUACUUAUUUUCAUAACUUUGAGACAGAGAAAAUACUAUUACAGCAUAGUGAUAGUUUGUGUAAACUCCAAUUUGUUAUUGUGCCAUACAUUGCUCAAAAGGGUAGAGUGCAGUUUUAUUUUGUGCUGGGACUCUCAUGUGGCACACCUUCAUUGUGUAUAAAGGGCAGCGCAUUUUCUGAAAUCUGCUCAGGUAUGUUUCGUAGCUUGUAAACGAAGGCAUAAAUCAUUUAAUAAAUUGUGGUUGUAGAGGGAAUUUACAUGUAGUAGGCCCAAUUCCAGCUGUGAAUAUUAUGGCAUUGUUUUUAUGAUGACUGAACUAACUGGCUGUGUAUUAGUUGGUAAAUAUGUGAACUGAUGAACAGAGGUUUGUGUAUUGAUUGAGCAAGUAGGUCCAAUUCUAGUUUUAGAUGUGUGGAUACCAUUUACGGUUAUUAACUCAAAUAUCAAUAUUGUUACUGUGCAGCACAAUUAAAAUUGUGCUGACACAAAUUGUGUGUGCUUUUAUCAGCAGGAAGUUUGCUGUGGAUGUAUUUUACUGAAAUUGCAGGAUCUAUGGGCAGUGAUUUGUUUCAUUUAUUAAACUAACAUUACAAAUUUUGUGAUUUUUGUUUUAUUAGGUGUAGAACAUGUUUCAUGAAAAAAUCCUCACAUUAUAAACAUUAUUCUUAAUGAUUUCAACCAUCCAAAAUAGCUGUGUAGUGGUUUCAGAACAGGUACUGAGUGUGCAGUGCCUCUCAUUUAGUAUAUCAGUUUUAACUGAAUUUCCUUAAGAGAUUAAUGUAGAGGCAACAUAUUUAUUUCUGUAUUUCAGAGUUAGUAAAAUUGCUGUUACAAUAUA